AUGGAGGAGGGUCACCAGAAGUAUCGUACGGAGCUCCCCAAGCCGGUGCGCGCACAGCUGGACAAGCAGGAUCAGUAUGACCUAAAGCAACUGCGACAGGCCCUUCGUGGGGAUAGGCCUUCUGGACAGGUGGUGAAGAGCGCUGCUGCCAAGCCUUUGAUGCCCAAGAAUGGUGCGCAGGAUCUGGUUUCUAGUCUCGCUAACCGCCUUACAAAAGUGGAGGCUGAAAACCAGCAAUUGAAGUUGAUGCUCAGACGGGCCAACGAUGAAAACACUUCUCUGCGGCAAAAGGUAGACCUUUGCAGACUUGCGGCAGCGGGGGAGCAGGCCAACGUAGACGAGAUCAUGGCUCUGAAGGAUUACAUUGAGGUUCUCAGGCAGCAAAUUUAUGACAUGGAGUUGUUCCUGGAUUCGCACGGCCUCAUUUAUGUGGAGGAUACUGACUCAUCAAAAGAGCCUGCACCCCGUGCUGUGCAGCAUACGCUACAGCUCGAUCACAUAGGGGAUUCUACAGAGACCUGGGAGCCCCCGGAAAGACACAUCCUCGAGGACAACAUCAGAAAGCUUAAUCAGCUUGUUUCGAAGGAUCGAGUUCUGGUGGCAGACGGAGGCAAUCAGGGCCGGUAUGGUGACAAGCCUUCAAUUCCUGUGCGCUUCUACCCCAAUGGCAUCUUCAUCAAGAGGGGGCCAUUCAGAGCUUAUGAGCACGACAAGACUGCGAAGGAGUUCGUAGAGGAUAUCGCAGCUGGGUUUCUCCCCUCCGAGUUUCGGGCCUCGCAUCCCGACGGCAUUUCAAUUGACGCCUCAUUUGAGGCAGAGCCCUUCAAGUCCUGUGGUGUGGAAUUAUUUGAGGGACAGGCGAAGCUCAUGAUUGAUGAGUCUGCGCAGCCGCCCCCUCCUCCAAAGCCGGCCAAGAGCACUAUUGAGGCGGCGGCAGAGCACGGGAGCGUCAAACGUAGCUACUUGACGGUAUCAGAAUACGGCAACAGGCAUAAUUACUCGUACGACCAAUUACUUGAUCAACGGGCCAAUCUGGAGAAGCCGAUGUCUCUACAGCAAUUCCUGUCGCGAGUGAAAGGAACUUGUGUAAGCAACGGCCAAAUCGUCCCUAUGAAGGAGGCACUGGGGCUUCUUGUGCACGGGAAGACCCCCGCUGAGCAGGCGAAGGAAGCCGGCAAGGACAAUCUGUCGUCGACCACAAUCGUUACAGAAACAGCAGAUGAUGGCAGAGUCGCGACGCUGAGGAUACGGGUGUCAAGCCCCGAUUCGGCGCUCAAUGAUCACCACCUGCUACUAAAGCUCCCGUUUUCGUACACAAUCGAGUCCAUGAUUGAACGGAUUGGAGACGCUUUGAAUAUCGAUUGUGGAAGAAUUCGUUUACACAGACCUUUUGGAGAUGACAUUAUGCAAGACGUAUCUGCUACACUCGAGAGUGCAGGAUGCACACCAAACGCUCGCCUCUUCGCUAAAAUAGGUGCCUAG